UGACUUGCCUAGUAAAAUAAAGUUAAAAAAAAAAAAAAUAGUUCAUUCAAAUACAACCACCGCCUGUUUGUUCAUUGCUGUUGCUGUAAGACCGGGUUCUCCAACUGGCGACUUGGCCCACGAGUGGUUUUAUUUGUCCCAAAAGCUUCGGGUGCUUUUAAACAAGCCAACCAGAGUCCAAGCCAAAAGGGUCAUCAAUGAAGAGGCCACAGUUCCACUUUGACCUGUGGUUCUAUCUCACAGUACAAAACUGGAUACUGGACUUUGGAAGGCCCAUUGUAAUGAUCAUUCUCCCUCUGGAGUGGUUCCCCCUGAACAAGCCCAGUGCUGGAGACUACUUUCACAUGGCCUACAACGUCAUCACGCCAUUCCUACUGCUCAAGCUGAUUGAGAGGAGUCCCAGGGCCCUGCCUCGCUCCGCCGUGUACCUGAGCAUCAUCACCUUAGUGAUGGGCGCCAGCAUCCACCUGGUGGGCGACUCCAUCAACCAUCGUCUGCUGCUGAGUGGCUACCAGCUCCACCUGUCUGUCAGAGAGAACCCCAUCAUCAAAGACCUCAAACCUGCUACACUGAUUGAUUCGUUUGAGCUUCUUUAUUUUUAUGAUGAACAACUGGGACAUUUGAUGUGGUAUAUUCCUUUCUUCAUAAUCCUCUUCCUCUACUUCACUGGCUGCUUUACUCACGUCAAAGAGGAGAAGACGAUGCCCCUGUCUGGUUGGCUGCUACUCGGACCCAGUGCCCUCUACUAUUGGUACUUGGUCACAGAGGGUCAGAUCUUCCAACUCUUCCUCCUCACCUUCCUAGCUAUGGUAGCCACGGUGAUCCACCAGCGGCAUAAGGGCUCUGUCCCAGACGCCAAUGGCCUCUUUCUGUUCGCCAGCUUCUCUGUCACCAUGUUCCUGGUGGCCGUGUGGGUGGCCUGGCUGUGGAGCGACCCGGUGCUGCGUAAGAAAUACCCCGGUCACCUGUACGUCCCCGAGCCCUGGUCCUACUACACAUUACACGUUAAGGACAGCCACUGAUAGGAGUGACAACAGCCUCCUGUGGAAUGGACUAAUACUGACUGAAUGGAUUCCAUCAAUAUCUUGCAUUUCUGAAGAAUUGACAGGUCUGAAACGUUCCUGCUACAGAUAAAUGGUCUAUCCGCUCCCGAAUGACAUCAUCAGCAAGCGCCACAUGGAGUGUGGAUCGAGCACAGUGUUGUGCUGCAUUCUGGGACAGGCCCCUCUUUUCUACAGUUGCACCCCACCACUCCCCCAACCCCAACCCCAUCCACAUGACAAUGACAAUGACCAUCUUACAGUAUGCAAUGUUACAGUAUUCAUUUAAAAUGAGACAAAAAAAUGAACUCAAAGAAAGGUAGUGUUGGAUGUACUUGAACAUCAUUGUAUUGCUUCAAGUAAGUUGUUUGAACAUUUCAAUAUCAGAUAUUUUUAGUAAUAAAGGUUUUUUACUCCA